AUGGCCAUGGCUCAGUUGCCGGGGGCUGCGAAUAUGGAGUAUGGCCAGUAUGGCAAGAACUGCUGGGGAGUUCAAAGGCCCAGGAAUUUCCAGGUGGGCGUCCUACCACGAGAUCUCAUGGAGCUCUAUCAGUUGGUCCUGCAGAUGCAUCAGAGCCAGAUGCAGUACUUCGAUGCUACGGCUGAGAAGAUUUACGAGGCGCUGCAGCAUGAGAAAGGGACCACAAACCCAACGACCGCCCCACGCGUUGGAGUUCCAGGAGCCAAUGAGUGGCGUCCAAUGAGUCCUGACAUGAAGAAGGGCGGUCCAGCGAACGGAGCCAUGAAUGGAGCCAUGAAUGGGAUGAAUGGUGCUACCAUUCAUGGAGGCAAUGGAAACAUGAUCAACGGCGGCUGGGAGAAAGCCGAAGAGAAGCCCGCGCACCCCUGGCAGCCGAGCGCUGGACCCGUGAAGUCCGCGGGAUAUGACAAGAGACCCCAAACUGCAGACUGGAAGGCCAAGUCCAGCCCACGCGGCGCCCCGGCAGCCCCCAACGCCGGCUUUCCAAUGCCGCCGGCGGCCACCAUGAUGGAUCCAAACGCUUUGGCUGCAGAGCUGGAACGUUGUGAGUUCCAGCGGCAAGUCUCCGGAAAAUCCAACCCCGGAGGACGUGCCGCCACUCCCGUGCGUUCCGGGGUGCACCAAACGGACACUGGCUUCGGGCGGCAGGUUUCGACGCAAUCGCGUUCCAGCGGACGUGGCGCAAGUCAGGAACCUCACGGAGUGUUGGAGAAGUCACACAUUGGCCGCACCAAGGGGGUGUCUCAAGCCAAUCAGCUCAAGCUGUUCAUGAAGUGA